CAUGGGUCGUCCUCCCUUGAGCAAGGAUGUUCCAACCAACUCACAGCUGCGCAAGCGCGUGAAAGCUGCGAUUUUCGGCGGCGAUCCGGCCUUUGUGACGACCAAGGCCAUCCGCAAGGCUCUGGAGAAGGAAUUUGGCGCCGGGAAGGUCAAGCCCAAGGAAGUAGCGCGGCUCGCCAAGCUCUAUUUCAAGAAGAAGAUCCGGCUGGACGAGAGCAAGCGGGCGCUAGAUGAGAAGAUCCAGGACACCCUCCAGAGCAAUCGCAAGAGCCAAGCUGGGGCGCCUGGAAACAAUAGCUUCCUCAAGGCCUUUCGCCUCUCUCCGGAGCUUCGAGCGGUCACUGGGCAUCACAUUCUCAGGAGACACGAAGCUGUGCAAUGCUUGUGGCGCUACAUCCGAGACAACAAUCUCCAAGAUCCAAGCGACAGGAAGAUGAUCCUGUGCGCCGGAAACAAGCUCUUCGACGUUUUCAAGGUGGAUUCGAUCAACAUGUUUACCAUUAACAAAGUUCUCCAAGAUCACCUGCUACCGCUAGAAGAGGGCUACGAGGACAUUGACAUGCCCAAGAAGAAGAAACUCGAUCGAUCUGAUGAUCGUCCAAGGCGUUCCAAUUUCCUCACUCCAUAUCCAAUCUCCGAGGCUCUCCAAUCCUUCCUCGGCACUGAUAGAACGACGAUGUCUCGAGCCGAGGCGGUGGACAGAGUGUGGGAGUACAUCCUUGACAAGGAUCUCCAGGAACCAGGUAAUCACAAUGUCAUGUGUGAUGACAAGCUGCGAGAGUUGUUUAAGAAGAGCCACUGUUCACAUUCCAAGGUCUCUCAGCUUGUAAAUCGUCAUUUUGUCGAUGACUCCUCCGAGCAAGAUGAAGUUCCGAGUUGACUAGGAGAUUUUCUCUCGCAAUCUGUAGCUUCGGUUAGGCUUCAUGCGAAAUACAACUUGUAAAAUUACCUCGUAUCAGUCCCAGCUUCCUUUGUCUCU